AUGAUCGUGAGAGUGUGGUGCGAGAGCGGGGCCGGCUGGUCGGCUGUACACGUGCCCGUGACCCCGCAGACCAGCUGCCUGGAUGUGGUGGAAUGUUGUCGCGAGCCGGGCGACGACCCCUGCCUGCUGAUGAGCGUACACCCACACCACGGAGCGUUCACUCGCAUCACGGGGGUAUGUGCUGCAACGUGCAGCGACGAGUGCACUGCCUUCAGGCAUCACUCAAAGCCCAGCUGCCUGGACGUGUUGGACUGUUAUCGUGAGUCGGGCGACGACCCCUGCGUGCUGAUGAGCGUACACCCACACCACGGUGGGGUAUGUGCUGCAACGUGCAGCGAUGAGUGCACUGCCUUCAGGCAUCACUCAAAGCCCAGCUGCCUGGACGUGUUGGACUGUUAUCGUGAGCUGGGCGACGACCCCUGCGUGCAGAUGAGCGUACACCCACACCACGGAGGUAUGUGCUGCAACCUGGAGCAAUAA